GCAACACCGCUCGGCACCGUCGGCUCGCAUUCACGGGCACCUGCCAGUCGAUGCCGACGGCCAGGGUCGACACAGCGUCCCGGGCGGCCUCUGGCGGAUGCGUCCUGCCAAUCUCCAUGGACCUGCGCGCCGCAUCCAUGUCGCCGGAUGUACCAAACAGCCCCGUGCUCGAGGGUGAUGUGUGUGCUGCCACCCCUGGAGAGCCGCCACCGAUUGCCGGCCUCGCGAGGCCGCGGCCGAGAACACCCUUCGCCUCCCAGAUACCUUCAUAGCGCCGGGCACGGCGCUGCUUCCUGCUGCUUCACCCGCCAUCGCCAAAGCUCCUAUGACCGACAGAGACCUCGCCGAAUUUCUUCUGGACCUGCCCGACGACCCGCUUGUGGACCCGCCCGAGCCAGAGCUGAGCUUUUCCAGCACUCACUUGGGUGGCUUUGAGGCCGACGCAGCCGGUUCUCUGAGCCCACCGUCGCUCCAUCAGAACAUCCAUGAGGAUAUUCUCGACUGCAACGAUAGUGGGAGCGACGGUGUUGUGCACUCUGCAACCUCCGACCAAGACAAGCGGUUUGCCAGCCGCACAACCAGUCGCCGCCAGCGAUAUCGCAGCAUCAGCCGCUCAAGUCGGGCUAGCAGUGUCUCGGACAGGUGUCCAAUCUCUCCCAACUCCAUGGAAGUCGACUUUCACCCCCAAGGCGGCCAUGAUGCCCAUGAUUCGAGCCCAUCUCUUGCCACGACCGACGACGCCCCUGGCUGCCUCGUUCCUGCGGUCUCCACAAGGGGCCGGUCCCGCUCCCCUCAGCGCCUCUACAGCUCCGGGGGCUGCCCCGACCACCACACUCCAGCGGCAUCCAAGAGAUCCAGCAGCGACGCCCGGCCUCUCCCGGCAGACUCGGCUGACCAAAACCCCAAGAGCCAGCUGGAUUCGCCCUUGCGAGGAACGGGCGCUGACCCCCUCAAGCCCAAUGCUCCAUCUUCGGCCUUCAGCCACCGCGAACUUCCAAAAAAGGAAUAUCGCAUCUUUGUGAGCAACCUUCUCCCCGAAGUCUCAUGGCGCGAGCUGAAGGACUUCAUGCGCAAGGCCGGAAACGUCCUCUACGCCAAUGUCAUGACGGAGCCGUCAGGCCGCGGAAGGGGCUUUGGAACUGCCGCCUUUGCCACAGUCGAGGAGUGCCAGAGAGCCAUCAAGAUGCUCGACAAAUUGCCGCUGAUGGGUCGCCCAGCCUUUCUUCAUGAGACACCUCAGUAUGUCAGCGAGCCGACCAAGCCCUCCGGCAUCGCUUCUCAAGUGACAGAGCGCCCCAAAACGACCAGUUGCAAUCGAUCCGGUCAGCCCAAUAUCCGAGAUCCCACCCGAUUUGAAGGCCACAACCACGGCGGCGAAAGCAGAGCUUGCCACACCUCCGCAUAUGGCCAUCACAGUGGAUAUAGUCGCAAUGGAUACAACCACCGUGAUCUCCCCAGCUCCAGAAGUCGCUCGCGCAGCGCGAGCCCCACCCGCCAUCGCGGGCGUGACUUUCGGCAAGGCUAUGACAGUAGUGCGCACCUCCACAGGUUGAGCAAUAGUGGCUCCGACAGCGGCUACUGCAGGAGCAUCUCUGACUGGAGCGGCAGAGACGUUUACAGAGGCCCCGAUAUGCCCAAGUGUCGCGGGGUGCACAGCCGUGACACUCGCUUUGAAGUCAGUCCUCGCUACCGCGAUCAUGUCAGCUACAAUGCUGGCAUACGCUCUCCUGGUGCACCCAAUCAGCCGUAUUACCAUCAAAACGCACGAAUAUGCAUCAAAAACUUACCGCUCGAUAUCGUCUGGCAAGAUCUCAAAAACCUGUGCUUGAAAGCGGGCGCCGUAGUUCGCGCCAAAGUCCAGGAAACGAUCGACCACCGCCCUAUCGGGACUGGAACGGUACUCUUUGGCUGUCCAGAGGAUGCAAAAAAGGCUAUUGCCAUGUUCGACGGCCAAGAAUGGCGCGGCCACAAGCUCAAAGUUUGCGAGGCCAGAAGCUCCGGACAAUACCCCAUUCGCGAAGGUGGGUCUAUCGCCAACGUUCCGAGACUACCGCGCGAUCCACUACCUCCCAGCAGCCCACCGGAUCGCUGGGGGGCAACUCGUGCCCAAGACUUCCAGCGCCCGUACGUCUCCUCGCAUGGUCGACCCCGGGAAACUGAAUUUGGUCGACCCGACAACACAAACACGGCUUAUCGCAGUGGAUACGACCGGCCAGAUGCCGGGGCUAGCCGACCCGCCCCUCUUGAAAGUGGAUAUGUCGGACGCCAAAGUAGAGAGCGAUACAGCCAAUGGGAUGCCCAGCGACCCAAUCGCACAUAUUCGUUUUGAAUGACAGCCGCGCAAGCAGUCGCCGAGGACGCUCACAAUCGAAACGGGACACUCGAGAUACCAAAUCCAUGCCAUUCCCCGCCUCUGAACCAUGAAUAUACAUACCCAUGAAU